GUGUCAUUUUUUGUUUAACAGGUGGUAAAUCUAAACAAAAUGCAGCGCAGAAAUCCAAAGAUAACCAAAAACAGGCUAAUCAUCAACAGCAACAGCAGGCGACUGGUGGUGGGGGUGGUUUCGUUUCAACCGCAGCAAGCAAUGCAAAUAAACCUCCACAAACAGUCACCCCAUUGCCCGUUCCGCAGUCACAACCUGCGAAGGCAAACAACAAAACGAACAAAAUGCGAGAGCUCAAUCAGAAAGGUCAACUCAAGCAGGGCUCCGAUAUGGAUGCAUUCAGUGAUGACGUUGCACACGCUGUUGUUGCCACGAAGAACAAUGCCACAUCCGAAAAUGGCAACAAAUUGCCUUUGGCAACUGUCGACCUCGUCAACACCAAUACUACUGUGAUCGUAGAGAAUAGUAAGAUAACAAACGAAAAAUUAGUUGAAAAGGCGUCAACGCCGUUGUCGGCUGCUAACAAUAAUCACGUCGCGGCGCUGCCGACGUCUACUCCCUCUCCUUCGGUACCGACGAUGCCCGCGAAAUCAAGAGUCGAUGUUACCUCCAUUGUGCCGAAUAUGGCUCCAGUACCGGUGGCUUUUACUGCACCCGUGGAUCCGACGGCGGUCCCUGCGUUAUCGCGCGAUGAAACAGAUCGCGCUACCGUCAUCGCUAAUGACAAACUUGUUCAAGCGAAAAAUAAGGCAAACAGGACUCCCCCUGUAACCAUAGACCACAAUAAUGUAAUAGAUACUAAAAAUAAUACAACAUACAAGGAAGUGCCAAUUUCUGAAGAAAAAAAAAAGGUAUAUACAUUGGAAGAUUUAUUAUCGCUAAAAAAUGCUCCGGCGAGUCGUAUGAAACCUGAAAAGUACAGGAUACCUCCUGAAUUGUUUGUUUGCGAUGAUCGAGCGAGAAUCGGUGACAUUAAUAGGUUUGCUGUGAGAAAUACUCCGGAUUUUGCUCCGCAAUUUAGUAGUGGUGCCGGUACAUAUCCCGGAAGGGGAUCUUCACAAAGAGGACCGGUGGUUAAUAAACGAGGAAGCCAAUCGGGUAAACCAAGUGGUGCCAAUAAAGGUGGCAAACAAAGUGUUAUUAAAGUGUCCAUAUCCGUUAAAGAGGACGUCAAACUCCACGAGACUGAGAAUGCAUGGAGGCCGGCUCGACUUGUUAUGGGAGCUAGUAUGACUGAAGAUGACAAAAAGACUGAACAACUGUACAGAAAAGUUCGUGGUAUAUUGAAUAAACUAACGCCGCAGAAGUUUCAAACCUUGUUGGGGCAGAUCCAGAGUUUAACAAUUGAUACAUGUGAACGAUUGCAAGGCGUCAUCGAUUUAGUGUUUGAAAAGGCUGUGGAUGAACCCAAUUUUUCCGUGGCCUACGCCCUACUCUGCAGAGAGCUUGCCCUUAUGCAGGUACCUAAUAGCGAAGAAGUUAGGAAGAAGGACGGUCAAGAAUAUGUUAAUUUUCGUAAACUUCUGGUCACCAGGUGUCAACGAGAGUUCGAGAAAAAUUCAGUUGACGAAGAGGAACGUAACUCGAAAGUUAAAGAAAUUGAAGAAUGUGCUGAUCCAGAAAAGAAAAAAGAACUCCAGUUAGAACUUGAAGAAUAUGAUAGGCGACUGAGGAUGAAGUCUGUCGGAAAUAUUCGAUUUAUAGGUAAUGGACAUAUGAGUAAUAAUACAAUUUUUCUAUGUAUAUGUUAGUUUUUUGUAAUUUUAUUUAUUUAUAUA